AUGACUGGAGGUCCAUCAAUUAAAGUUGUGGAUGCUACCACCAAGGAACUGACAACGAUGAUGCAAACUUUAACAUAUCUUCAUAAAGAGGAGAGUAUCGUUCAUGCUACAGCUGCAAAAGAGCAACAAGAAUCGCUGAACUCACUCAUCAGAUCUACUCCACCCACACCCCCAACACCACCUCUCUCUGACCAAUUUGGUCCAUCUCCUUCUACUUUUAUACCAGAUCAUCAAAUAGACUCAUCCAUCAAAACCCCUAAAAUUGAUUUUCCUAAAUUUGAUGGAGAGAAUCCUAGAAGUUGGGUUCGUCGUUGGGAACGAUUUUUUCAGCUCAAAUCCGUUCCAUCACUGCAAAAAACACAGUUUGCUUCUAUUCACCUGAUCGGGAAAGCUGAAUCAUGGUUCCAUGAUUAUCAAACUGGUAAAACUUUCAUCUCUUGGUCUGAUUUUUCUUCUUCCCAGUGUGAACGAUUUGAAAAUCUAGCAAAUGAAAACUUUGUGGGUUGUUUCAAUAAAUUAACUCAAAUUAAUUCUGUGGAUGAAUAUUAUGAAAAGUUUGAGCCUCUUAAAGAUUUAAUGCUUCAGCAUAAUCCCCACUAUACUGAAGACUAUUUUGUGAUGAGCUUUUUGAGUGGUUUGAAGGAGGUUAUUCGUAUAUCUGUUGAAAUGCAUAAGCCUACCACCUUAUCCCAAGCUUACUACCUAGAUCACUUACAAGAGAGUGCUCUAGCAUCUCAGCAUCAACAAUUUCCAAAGUCUACUUCUUAUAAACCACCCACAACAACCACUUAUUUCAGUAAAUAUUCUCCACCCACACAGAAAUCCACCUCCCCAACCACUCAUACUGCUCCUAUUGUACCCUCUCCACCAACACCAACCUCCCAGCUAACAAAAUCCUUAUAUGUUCCACCACCCAUUCGGCGCUUAUCAAGAGAACAACAAGAUAAGAGAAGGGCUCAGUGCCUGUGCUAUAGUUACAGUGUCGUUGUUGUAAAGGAGGAGGUUGCACUUAUCCAGCCCUUUAGUCUCACUGAAGAUGAACCUGAGACUACAGAUCAACCACCUCCACCUGAUGCUUCUACAGAUUCCUUGGUUGAGUCCAACAUGGAAAUUUCUUUGCAUGCUCUUACAGGGACAAUGAGUGUUGACACUAUUCGCAUUCCAGGUUUACUUAAGCACAGAGUUGUGACUGUAUUGGUUGACACUGGAAGCACUCACAGCUUCAUUGACUCUGCACUUGUUAACCAACUGUCUGUGAAGUUCAACCCACAACACACAUGGGAUUGUGACAUUGUCUUAGGAGAAGAUUGGCUUUGUACAUUGGGGGAUGUGACAUUUAAUUUGUCCAAGCUCUCUAUUUCAUUCCUCCACAAUUGUCAACUUAUUACCCUACAAGGCUCUACAUCCAAACCAUCUCUAAUGCUCAUGAGUGGUAAUACUCUGAGGAAAUUCAUUAACAAAACUUCACCUGCCUUAGUUUGUCAAUUCUUUCACAUUGACUCAACCCCAAUACCAGAACCUAUACCCCCCCCCCCCCCCCCCCCGCCCCAAGUGCACAACCUCAUUGAUGAGUUCAAAGAUGUUUUCUCUGAACCUACUAACUUACCACCUACCAGAAGUUUGGAUCACAAAAUCCAACUCAAACUCAAUACCCAACCCAUCACUUUAAGGCCAUUCAAAUGCCCUGAUAUUCACAAAUCAAUGAUGGAGUCCUUGGUGCAGGAGAUGUUGAAGGCAGGCAUAAUUCAAGAUAGCCAGAGCCCAUUUGCUUCUCCAAUACUUCUAGUGAAGAAAAUGGACAACACUUGGAGGUUUUGUGUUGACUAUAGGAAUCUCAAUGACAUUACAAUCAAAGAUAAGUUUCCUAUACCCAUUAUUGAUGAAUUGCUUGAUGAAUUACAUGGUGCCACAAUUUUUACUAAGCUAGAUUUGAGGUCAGGGUAUCAUCAAAUCAGAUUCCAUGAAGCUGAUAUCCAUAAAACUGCAUUUAGGACACAUCAUGGACAUUAUGAAUUCAAAUGCCAACCUUCAAGCCAUCUUCAUCACCUUUCUACAGCUCUUACUCUCUUAAGACAACAUCAAUUAUUUGCCAAAUUUUCUAAAUGCACUUUUUCUCAGUCCUCCUUACAAUACUUAGGUCAUAUCAUUACUGCUCAAGGGGUUGCAGCUGACCCUGAGAAGAUUAAAUGCAUGCAAGAUUGGCCAAUUCCAACUAAUUUGAAGCAACUCAGAGGGUUCUUAGGCCUUACUGGUUAUUAUAGAAAAUUUGUAAGAGGAUAUGGCACUAUUUGCAAGCCUCUCACUGACUUGCUCAAAAAUAAUUCUUUACAUUGGUCUACAUUAGCAUUAGAUGCAUUUAAUUCCCUUAAAACUGCCAUGUGCACUACACCAGUUCUGGCCUUAUCAGAUUUUUCAAAACCCUUUGUAGUGGAGUCAGAUGCUUGUUCUCAUGGUGUUGGAGUUGUACUCAUGAAAGAUGGUAAAGCUAUAGAUUUCUUCAGCAAUCCAUUGGGCCCAAAGAAUCUUGGGCUAUCUACUUAUGAAAAGGAGUUGUUAGUAGUGGUCAUGGAAGUUACAAGAUGGAGACAUUACCUCUUAGACCAUCACUCCUUCAUCAACACAGACCAACAAAGCAUUAAAUGCUUCAUGGAGCUAAAGAUCACCACUGUCUUGCAACAAAGAUGGCUCAUGAAGCUUUUAGGUUCUGGUUAUACAAUAUAA